AUGAUAACUUUGCCGUUGGGCAGUAUAAUUGAAACUCGGAUUGGUCCCCGGCUGGCAGUAUGCUGUGGUGCCCUCAUUGGAUUCAGUGGCGCUUUGGGUGCUUCGUUCGCCGUUAGUUCCUUCUGGGCAAUCCUCUUUUUGUACGGGUUAGUUCAGGGGAUGGGGGCAGGCUUGCAGAUGGCUCCUGCGUCAACAGUGCCCUUACGAUGGCAGCCCAACAAAAUGAAUCUUCUUCUCACUCUUCGCUGUACUACGCUCAUUCUCAGUCCCUGCAUUUUCAUUCCUAUUAUUCUCGUUGGCGCAAAAUAUUCGUCUACUCCAGGACGGCAAAAUGCAGUCAGAUGGGGUUUCACUGGUGACCUCUGCUUCUUGGCCUCUUCUGGCUCGAGAUCGGAUUCGUCCACAUUCACGAGAGAGCAACCACUGUUUACUUCGCAGGCGUACCUCUCCUUUUCUUCUUGGGAUGCUUCCUCAGUGCUCCAAGUGAUUGCCGCUGUUACCCUUGCGCUCCAGCUCUGCGGCGGACUUCUGCUUCAGAACCCUCCAUGGCUCCAGCGGCUUCGUCGUGGGCGGUUGAGGGAAGGACAGAACAACACAAGCCACCCACUUCCAACUACACCUUCCGCGGACGACUCCAUUCAUUCACAGGCUGGGGACUCACCAGACUUAAGGAAAUCCGUUUUAGAUGAGCAGGCACCCGCCGCAGCACAAAAUCGUCUUUUGCCUGGUGAAUCCGUAGCAGGCUUUUUGACAAGAUGCGCUACCCUGCGCCAAGCGUACCUGGCCCACUUCAUUGUGCCCUUCACGGUCUCGAACGUGUCUGGUACCGCGAAGCAGCUGGACGAGCUUUACAUGCAGCAUCAGUCAGUUCCUUCAUGGGCUCGCGGCUUACAUGGAAUCAGUUUGUCCCUUGGGGAAUCCAUACGGACAGAACGCUUCGCUUUUUUUUGCCUCGUUUCAUGCUGCCACUUCUUUUACUUUGCGUCCUUGUACACUUACUGGCACAUUGCCGCUGUCUCUUGCGAUGUACCCCCUUCUAAGGUGCUGUGUCUUUCCAUUAUGUUAACUUUCUUCGCCGUCCUCUGCUCUCUCUAUUGGGGCGAGUAUACUCGUGUGUUUAACGUCGGGACCGGGUUGGUCAUGACAUCGUCCCUCAGUUGUGCUUCCUCUUGGCUUUUGGGAAUGACAGCUACUAGUAGUCCGGCUGCGUUCACGAUUGCAGUAGCUCUCGGCAUCUUUUCUGCAGUGGGAUUGGCUGCCCUGCUGACUCACAGCGCUUCCAUUGCAUUUGGCCCCCGGCCUCUGGGCUUCGUCCUGUACCUUCUUUUUUCCGGUCCCAUGACCGGUGGAGCCAUUCUCUCUGGAGUGACUGCCGUCUUGUUUCUGGCCGAUAGGUCCUUGUCUUUCACUCGCUUUGUCAUGCCAUCCGCCAGCCUGCUCACCAUACUCUCAGUAGGGCUAAUAACUGCUAGAUGUUUCUUUCAAGGAAAGCUUGCCUUGCUCGACAUACCCGUCCGCUGUCGCCACUCGGACGUUGACAGCGACGAAGAUAGAGAGUCGUGCCAGUCCCCGCAUGGUGAAAGACUCGACUUGGACUCGUCCGACCACACAGACGCCGACGACGAAAAACGGCCGCUUAACCUGGCGACGGUUUUACGGGAGUAUGAAGAAACUCUGAAGGGGACGGAAAGUAUAGAGACCGAGGAAGCCGACUUCUCCGACACAGGAGCCUACAUUCCUUUAUACAACCGGAUGCAGUUUCCGGUCGGCAUCGAACCCGCCCACAUCAUGCAAACUCAGGAGGAUUGCGAUGAGGCUGAAUUGAGUCUUUCGCAAUCGGAGGAAACGGAUCCCGAGGAAUUUGAUUCGGCGGUUUAG